GGAUUGAUUACAUAUCUCCAACCAUUAACAUUAAAACAAACAUAUUUAUAGAGAGAAUAUUAGCAGGAAGUAUCCAACUCGAGGAAACUGAAUACUAGUACGUCCUAGACCCCUGGAACCCUUUUGUUGCAUCCCGACCAAGAACCAAAAACAGGCAAUCUAAAGCCAACCAAUUGAGUUUGUGUACUACAAACUUUCGUAUACAAAGUAAAAUGUCUAAAAAGCUGUCACCUUCCCCCAAGGGAUCACCUGCAGUGGUUCCUACUAAGAUUGACAUCCCACCGUCAGUAUUGGCCAUCUCAAACCUUAGAUGUCCAUCACCACCACCAAUAUUGAAUAAGCCUUCGUCAGAUAAAGAUAAAUCUGAGAAAGAGUCUGUCAAGACUUCUGAGAAGGUUAUGCCAACGGGGGUUAUUUUGAGAAAGGAACAAGAAAGAACCAAGGGAAGUGAAGAACUGAAGGCUAGUAUAGAUUACCUUACGAGCCCACCAACUCAAAGUUCUCACCAUAAGGCUCCAUCUGUUCAUGCACACUUUUUUGUAGAUCAAACAUUGAAACCAAAUAAAGAAAGUCGUUCAAGAAGUGGAUCUAGUGCAAAUGCGUCUGAUUACCUGGUACCCUCAACCCCGAUGAUAGUCCCCGACAAGGCAAACCCACCUUCCAACGUACCUAGCAAUGGUGAACAAAAUGCCAAUAUUGACCCAAGAUUACCACAAGAUGAUGGCAAAAUUCAUAUACUUCUUGGUGUAUGUGGAGCACUUUCAUCAACUAAAGUGAAAUUGAUCAUCAACAAACUUUUCGAAAUCUACACUCCAAAUAAACUUUCUAUUCAAUUGAUUCUUACUGAAUCAAGUGAGAAUUUCAUAUCUCAAGAAGUGCUAAAUUAUUUGGAGCAUACUAAGAAGAUUAGAAUCUGGCGCGAUUCAGACGAAUGGACAACCUGGAAGUCUAGAAUGGAUCCGGUAUUACAUAUAGAACUUCGUCGUUGGGCAGAUAUCUUGGUUGUUUGCCCAUUGACAGCAAAUACACUUUCCAAAAUUUCGUUAGGUUUAUGUGAUAAUUUACUUACAAACGUUAUAAGGGCUUGGAAUACAUCAUAUCCAAUCUUAUUGGCACCAUCCAUGGUAAGUUACUCGUACAAUGCAAUUACCACCAAGAGACAACUCAGACUUAUUUCAGAGGAAAUGCCAUGGUUUGAAAUAUUGAAACCGGUUGAAAAAGUUAUUGGAAGUUAUGGAGAUAUUGGAAUGGGGGGAAUGAUGGAUUGGAAUGAAAUUGUAAAUCGCAUAGUUUUGAAAUUAGGCGGAUAUCCGGAUGAAGAUGACGAAGAAGAGGAAGAGAGCAAUAAGAAUGAUAAUGACGACGCUAUAAUAGACGAAGAGGAUGACAAAGAUGAGGACGACGACGAUGAUGAAGAUGAUGAUGACGACGACGAUGAUGACGAUGACGAUGAAAUAGGAUCUACAAUUAAAGGGGUGGAUCAAGUAAGCAUUGUAUAAUCUCGUGUACCUACCCUGUAUAG